GCAGGAGAUAAUAUUGACAACAGUGAAUCUACAGCUUCAAAACGGGAAAAUCUCCCACAGAAAAUGAUCUCUGGCCCGACAAAUAAAAGAGGAAAGGGAAGAAUGGGUAACCGUACCCACAACGCUAACUCAUCAAGCAUCCAACCACUUUCUGAGCAAAAUCCACCAGCUUCAAACUUUAAAAACUAG